AAAGAAGCAGGAACAUUCAAGAAAAGCAGCUUCAGAGAAAGCGAAAUAAUCGCUCACUCAGCUUCAGAAGCUCGAAAAUGGCAAAACCUCCAGAACUCAACCCUUUUUCUUCCUCAUCCAUCUUCUCACAGAAAACCUCUAGGCUCCCAGACGACACUGUUUUCUACGCCAUCUUCCCAGACACCUCUCUUAACUCUUCCGCCGCCGUCGCCGCCGCGUCGCUCCAGUCGCUUCACCUCCAAAUCCUCGAAACCCUCUCUCCCUUUACCGCCGACUACAUAUGGCAGCACGAGCCCUUCAAUCUCUCCGUCUCUUCCGCCCCCAAACCCUCCUGCCUCUGCUCUGACCACCUGCCUCACCUCCACGGCAAGCUCCGUUACGGCGACAAUCUCGAAGACGAGUGGUUUGUCGUCUUCCUCCUCUUCGAAGCUUCUCGAAGAUUCCCCGACCUCUCCGUGAGGGUUUGGGACACCGACGGCGAGUUCUUGCUCAUCGAGGCCGCCUUCCACCUCCCUCGUUGGCUCAACCCCGACAAUAGCCUCCAUCGCGUCUUGAUCCGCCGCGGCGACCUCCAUAUCGUCCCCAAAGAUCGCUUGCCUAGCCCUAACUUGGAAGAUUCGUUGAAAUUCGUCGCCAAUUGCGGCGAGGAAUCGAGGGCGGCGGAGUCAGUCCAGGCCGUGGUGAAGAAUCGGAUAUCGGAGUAUCCAGAGAGGGCCAGGAUGAAUGUACAUAUGGUCAGGGUUAGGGUUCCGGCGUCGGUGGCGCAGGUGCUGAAGCACGAGCCGUGCCUGAUUUCACUGGCGGUUGAGGGCUUCUACGACCGGGACAUCGACACGAUGAAGUACGCGGCGAAGAUGGAGUGGUUCUUGGUGAAAGGGAAAGAUGAGGAAUUGGUGAGAGUUUCGGUGAGAAUGUCGAGGGCGAUGUACGCCCAGCUGGUGCAGCAGACUUUCCAGGCGCCCAGGUGUUAUCCAAUGCCGAGCCGGAGCGACGCCGCGGCGUACAUCGAAGCCGAAUUGGGGAUGAAAAUAGCGUGCGGGUUUGAGAUGAUGUAUCAGCAGAGGAAGAGGGAGGGUUUGGAAGGCAAAGGAGGUACUUGGGAGGCGUUUAGAGAGAGUUUGGAGAGGAAUGGCUAUUUCGAAGGGCUGCUUCCGGGUUCGCAAGAGUACCGGAGGUUGAUGCAAAAUGCGAAGGAAUAUUACAGGAGUAGGUCUUUGUUCUCGAGGGCCAGUGAGAUGAUGAGUGCUCCAGUAAGGCGCAUAGAUGAGAUUCUUGCUUUGCCUUAUUCAGAAGAUGAUUUCAAGGGGCAGGAGGUACCUCCUUCUGACGACGAUUCUUGGCUUUACAAUGGAGAAGAUGAUUUGAACUCUGCUCUUUCGGAGAGACAAAGAGAGCUUGAACUUUAUGAGGCAAAACAUAAGAACAAGCAGAAGUCGAAGAUGCAGCAAGAUACAGGUGAAUUGUCGAAUACAAAUGUUGAUGAGUUUGAUCCUAGUGAAAUAGCAAAAACCAUGAAGGCAUUUGUCCGUAAGGUGUCGAGCUACAAAGGAGCUGAGGUUCCUGAGAACAGGAACCUAAAAGAAGUAGAUUUAGAUAUGAAUCGCUUCAUUAGAGACAUAGAAUCAAUAAUGAAGCACCAAGGUUUUGAAGACAUUGCUAGUGGCGACAAUAUUGAAGAGGGGUCUUCGUCUGACUUGGAUUUUGUGGAUUCCGAAGAUGAUAAUGAUUUUGAAGAACCUUCUAAAGGUAAUGAUGAGGGAGAGGACACUUUUAUGCGAUCUUAUUCCGACAUUUUGAAUGAAGAAUUGAAUACCACAACACUUGGGAAAAGUUUUGUUCGUGCUAAGGAACAAACCACUCAACAAGAUGAGGAAACAUCAUCAAAUACCACAGCAGCCAUGGAUGAGGAUUUUACUCCCGUCGAUGCUGAUGUGAACCUCGUCAAAAGCUUUCUCGAUUCCUUCUCCUCCCAAGAAGGUCUCCCUGGUCCUGCUUCGAAUUUGCUAGGGCUUAUGGGUUUACAACUACGAGAUGCCAACAAGGGCAAGUGAUGAAUGGAGAUAUCUUUUGGGUGGUUAUUUGCUGAAAAAAAAAACCUCGGUUAUCCCACUUACUGUAUGGUGUGAAUGGCAUGCUGGGGAUUGUACAUGUUUUUUUCUUGGAGUGUUUCUUGAAGAAGGUUAAAUUUACCAAGUGGAGGGUAGAUAGUUUCAGCAAUAGAGGGAGAACAGGAUAUGUAUAGGAUUUUAUGAUUUUAACCUUCUUUGUUUGGUGAAAAUUAAGAUUUUAAAGGAAAAAAGAUGAGUAUUUGUACCAUCUCGAUCGGUUUGGUUUUGAAGAGACGAAGAGGGUAAUUUCUGAAAACGUAGAUUAAUAAGCUUACAAAAAGUCUUUACAAUAUUUUUGCUUUAAGGACUCAGAGAGCCAAGUUUUUCCAAGAAACAGACGAGUCACUUGAUCACUUACUGUCUCUUUCCCCAAAAAGGAUUUGUGGGAGAAAUCGUUGAUGGUUAGCCAAUUGGAAUGUCGCAAUGGUUUUCUUGUUUUGUCUA